AUCCACAGCUUGAGGCAUCACGAAUAUCUUCAGACAGCCCGCCCAAAAUGUCCAUAUCUUCCAUACAAGGUAAGGUCGCCAUAAUUACGGGUUGCAGCUCUGGCAUUGGGCUGGCAACAACCCGUCUCUUUCUCGAACGGGGCGCUUCGGUCUUCGGCAUUGACAUGGGCGCGCAGCCACAAAAACUUGUCGAAGACUUCUCCACCUUUCAUUUUUACCAAACCAACUUGACUGAACCUCAAGCUGUCGAGCAUGCUGUAGCUAAGUGCGUCGGCAAGCAUGGUCGUAUUGACGUGUUGGUCAAUUGCGCGGGCGUGACCGAUGGGUGGAGCAGCGCGGAUACCAUUCAAGAUGAAGAGUUGGAGAGAGUCAUGGCGAUCAACCUCACGGUGCCUAUCCGUUUAAUGAAGGCAGUUCUACCGGCUAUGAAGCAGCAAAAGGCUGGCGUCAUUGUCAAUGUGGCCAGCAAGGCAGGGUUGACAGGCGCAAGUGCGGGAAUAGCAUAUACAGCAAGUAAGCAUGGGCUUGUUGGUGCAACGAAGAACGUAGCAUGGAGGUUUCAUCAGGAGGGCAUUCGCUGCAAUGGUGUGUUACCUGGAAGUGUUGCGACAAACAUUGCAUCUUCGGCACAGAUGGAAAACUUCGAUUCCGCUGGCUUCAACUCGUUUUUUCCCAUUGUACAGUUGCAUGUCUCAAAAGACAGCGAAGGCACGCCGGUACCAUAUAUUGGGGUCGACGACGUUGCGCGAGGUAUUGCGUUCCUCUCUUCGGACGAGUCCAAGAUGAUCAACGGUGCUAUGAUACCAAUUGACAAUGCAUGGUCUACAAUAUAGCGAGAAGUAUUUCACUGAAUCUUUGAGCGAUCCUGAUGUCAAAUUGA